AUGAGAGAGAAUGAGCUUUCUGUCAGGGCCAUGUAUAGUCCCAUCACCGAUGCUGAGCUUGACUAUUUGGUUUCUGACAUCAAGCGUGAUUUACCAAAUGCAGGCUACACAAUGGUAAAAGGCCGACUGGAUUCUCUGGGACACAGAGUUCCAUGGAGAAGAGUUGCUGCCUGCAUGCACAGAGUUGAUUCCAUAGGUAUCAUCUCAAGACUGUCUGGUCUUGGCUGUGUCAUACGCAGAGUUUACUCUGUACCAGGGUCCUUGUCCCUGGUACAUGUGGACACAAAUCACAAGUUGAUCAGAUACAAUAUUGUCAUAUUUGGAGGAAUCGAUGGUUUUUCGAGAAAGAUACUGUACUUAAAUGCAGCGACCAACAACUGUGCUUCAACAGCAUUUCACUUCUUUCUGGAGGCCACUCAACAACAUGGUUUACCCUCAAGGGUACGAGCUGACCAGGGAGUAGAGAACGUGGACAUCGCCCGGUUUAUGUUCACAGUCCGUGGCAACAAUCGUGGAAGUUUCAUCUCGGGAAAGAGUGUCCACAAUCAAAGGAUAGAGCGGUUAUGGCGAGAUUUGUGGAUCUCUGUAUCGUUCAAGUAUUCCAACCUUCUGUAUUCUCUUGAAGAAAAUGACAUACUGGACAUCUCGUCCAUAGACGACAUAUUCUGUGUCCACUACGCAUUUCUUCCAAGACUCAAAAAAGACUUGGAGAUCUUCACUGAAGGCUGGAACCACCAUCCAAUGCGCACUGAGGGAAACCGAAGUCCGAUGCAGAUGUGGGAAUGUGGACAGAUGUUGAACAACAGUGAUGCUCAUUCUGAGAACAUUGCAGAUCUUCAAGAGCCGGACAUUGAUUGGGAGACUGCGGCUGAUUAUAAUGGCAACGACUUGGAACCUGAAACUGGCAUUGUGUGCAACUGGGAAUGAAACUGAGCAGGAACAUGCAUUAACCACAGGAUAGCAGAUGGUAUGAUUUGCACCAUAACGAACCUCACAGUCAUGGUCAAAUUCCAUGACUAUUUUAAAGUGUUUACGUUCUGCAUAACUUAAAGGAAUAUGAGACUGUCCUGUGAGCCACUGGCAGAACUUGCCAACAUUAAUAUGUGUCUCAUUGUUUUGUUUUUCAGCCUUGUUGACCUCAUCUUCUUCUCUGGUCUCUGAGUUGUGUUCAUCCUCUUCUGAAAAAGUGAUAGAAAGUUUUUAGUUUAGUUUUUUUCAUGUUGAAACAGGAAGUUUUAUGAUGGCAUUGAUGAUACAAAACAAACUUCAGUUUAAGCAUUAAAAGGCAGUAUGAUUAUAAUGUAAGUGUUGAUGUUGACUGCUAUGUAAAGGACUAUAUAGGACAAAUAUAUGUAAUCCACCAAAUUAACUGCUAACAAACUGUGCUUUGU